AUGCCUUUCCGACGGCUUUGCAGGAAGAAGCAGAAGGUCUCCUUGGUGCAGAGCAGCUGGGCCUUGCUCCCCGAAGGGAACCGGGGCCCGAUUGGCGGCCGGGAAGGUGCAGCCCUGCCAGGCCACCCCCUCCGGCCCCCGCCAGCCGCCUUCUUCUAUCAGCCGGGCGGAAUCAAGGCCUCGGCCAGAGACAUCGCGGCUGCUUCCCGGGACACCGCUAACGAUGUCCCCGGGGGAGCGGGGAGCGGGGCUGGACGGCAGAGGCUGAGACCCGGCUUGUUCCCGGCAGGAGCCCGCGGCCGACCGGCGCCCCGGGAGGGCGGGCGGAGGAAGCGGACCACGUUCUCCAAGGCGCAGCUGGAGCUGCUGGUGCGGACCUUCGAGCAGGACCCAUACCCCGGCAUCGCCGUCCGGGAGAAGCUUUCCAGCCUCACCGACAUCCCGGAGUCCCGCAUCCAGGUUUGGUUUCAAAACAGAAGAGCCAGGCAGCUAAAUCACAAGAAGGCAGAAGCUUCUGCCACUUUCAGACAGGAGUGUGGCAAACAGAAGCUGGCCCACCUGGGCCAAGAGAGCCCAAGAACGAUGCAUGAUCCAGCGCCUGAUCAGAAUCUCACUAAUCUGCAGCCAGAUCUAGCAAGGACCAAUCAAAUUUUUCUUUGCCAACCCUUGCAGUAUUCUGGGCAGCAAUUUUCUGGGUCUGAUGCUCACUUCAGGGGCUCGGACAACACAUAUGCGGCAGGAAGCCCAAUCCAGCCCUCAGUUAACCACAACUUGGAUUACAUGGCAAAUGGAGUUCAGUUCAGUGUAGGCCCCACUGGGAAUUCUUCCCAGAUCCAGUUUCCUUUGCAACCAGUGCAACAACAUCCAUACAACAAAGCCUUACUUGAAGACUAUUACACAGAAGGAGAUCUUCUCCAGUCCUCAGCAACUCUAAAACUAGGAGGGCAGCAGUAUGCACAAGAUUACCAGUAUCCAGCUGCUAAAGAGAAUAUGUACAGGAUGCCUGUCUCUCCAAACACUAGCCCAGGAACAAUUGAUGAGUGUUUGUAUAUCAAUGCAAGCACUUCUCAUCUUAAAAGUACCAUUUUAAGUGCUGGUGAAGAAGGAGAACCGCAAAUAAAGAUGGAGUCUGGGCAGGUUAAGUGCAGUUUACUAAGUGACAUUGACUUACCUGUUGUUUCUGUUCCUCCUUUAGCAUUUGAAAAAUGUCAGAGUGCAUCUCAGGGGACACUGACUGCCUUAGUUCCAUCACAGGAGCCUGUACACGAAUUUGACUAUCAUUGGACAAAUGUGAGAAAUGAAUUAUUUGGAGCUACUCUUGAUCUGCUGCUUGAGCAGAAGAGGGGGCAGGGUAGUGAUAGAAGUUAUGCCUUCUCUUCUGGUAGCCAAUAUGCAACCUGUCACUUGGGUCACACAUGAAAAUAGGCGGCUGUUUGCAUGAUUAGUUUUCUGAAUAAGGAAAAAAGUCUCAGAAUAGUGAGGGUUGGGUGUCGUGUUGUGUGUGUGUGCG